ACUAUGACUUCUUUUUUUCAGUUACUGUGAAAUGGGGGAAGGAAAAAUUUGAAGGUGUAGAACUGAACACUGAGGAGCCUCCAAUGGUGUUCAAGGCUCAGCUUUUUGCCUUGACUGGAGUCCAGCCGGCCAGACAGAAAGUUAUGGUGAAAGGAGGAACACUGAAGGAUGAUGAUUGGGGAAACAUCAAAAUUAAAAAUGGAACGACUCUACUGAUGAUGGGGUCAGCAGAUGCCCUUCCUGAAGAACCUUCUGCUAAAACUGUCUUUGUAGAAGACAUGACAGAAGAACAGCUAGCAUCUGCUAUGGAGUUACCAUGUGGAUUGACAAAUCUUGGUAACACUUGUUACAUGAAUGCUACAGUUCAGUGUAUCCGUUCAGUGCCUGAACUCAAAGAUGCCCUUAAAAGGUACGCAGGUGCCCUGAGAGCCUCGGGGGAGAUGGCGUCAGCACAGUAUAUCACUGCAGCCCUUAGAGAUCUGUUUGAUUCCAUGGAUAAAACUUCUUCUAGUAUUCCGCCUAUUAUACUACUGCAGUUCUUGCACAUGGCCUUCCCACAGUUUGCUGAGAAGGGCGAGCAAGGACAGUAUCUCCAACAGGAUGCUAAUGAAUGUUGGAUACAGAUGAUGCGAGUAUUGCAACAGAAGUUGGAGGCCAUAGAUGAUGAUUGUGUUAAAGAGACAGACUCACCAUCUUCAUCAGCAGUGACUCCUUCUAAAAAGAAGAGUUUAAUCGAUCAGUUCUUUGGCGUUGAAUUUGAAACUACCAUGAAGUGCACAGAAUCUGAAGAAGAAGAAGUCACUAAAGGAAAGGAAAAUCAACUUCAGCUUAGCUGUUUUAUCAAUCAAGAAGUCAAGUAUCUUUUUACAGGACUUAAAUUGAGACUUCAAGAAGAAAUUACUAAGCAGUCUCCAACAUUGCAAAGAAAUGCUUUGUAUAUCAAAUCUUCCAAGAUCAGCCGAUUGCCUGCUUACCUGACUAUCCAGAUGGUUCGUUUUUUUUAUAAAGAAAAGGAAUCUGUGAAUGCUAAAGUUCUUAAGGAUGUCAAGUUUCCUCUUAUGUUGGAUGUAUAUGAACUGUGUACACCAGAACUCCAAGAGAAAAUGGUCUCUUUCCGAUCAAAAUUCAAGGAUCUAGAAGAUAAAAAAGUGAACCAGCAGCCAAAACCAGCUGAUAAAAAGGGUAGUCCCCAGAAAGAAGUUAAAUAUGAACCCUUUUCAUUUGCUGAUGACAUUGGCUCCAAUAACUGUGGAUACUAUGAUCUACAAGCUGUGCUAACACACCAGGGAAGGUCUAGUUCUUCAGGUCACUAUGUAUCUUGGGUGAAAAGAAAACAAGAUGAGUGGAUCAAGUUUGACGACGACAAGGUCAGCAUUGUGACACCCGAAGACAUCUUGCGGCUUUCUGGCGGUGGAGAUUGGCAUAUAGCUUAUGUUUUAUUGUAUGGGCCUCGCAGGGUUGAGAUAAUAGAAGAUGAAACCGAACAGUAGUCUUCAUUUUAGCUAUUAUGACUAGGUGUGGAAUAAAUGUUCCCUGUUGAUCUUACCUAUAAUCUGGGGCUUCAGAGGAUACGUGUGGAUGGUUUUACAGGUUUCCCCUCACUGGGACACGAGGGUGCAAGCGGGCCACUCUCUUUAUCAACAUAGAGAAUUGCAGAAGUGAAAAUUGUCUUUGGACUUCGCUGCCUUGCAUACAGGUGGCAGGAAGACAUUUAAAGCAUUGCUUAUGUUGAUUUGUUUAAAUCCUGAGUUGAAAUGUCUGUCAACCAUGACAGAUUUCCACCCUGAGAUUGAGCAGUAAGGUAUUUAUUGCACACCUGUUGCUAUCUGUUGUCCUUGCAUGGUUUCAGCCACCACUCAGUAGCUAGCUGCCCAUCCCUGGCCUUAUCUGACAUGUUGUCGGAGGCGGUGAGGAUGUGCUGCUCUCCAUUGUGUAACUCAUGCUGCUGUCCACACCCCAUGGGCACAUGGGUACAAUCAAGUAUUUGCCCAGCCUGACUGCUGGCUUUUCAUGACUUUACAAUAAAUUGUGAUCGAUAACAAUA